AUGGUCAAAGAUAACGACACCGUGAUUGAGGAGUUCAACGAACUCAUAAACAUGACUGCCGACGAACUCAAAGAGUGGCUCGGCAGCCAAGAAUCUGAGAGCGCCGGUUGGACCAACGACUCUUCAUCCAACGGCGAAACAAUUGGCCACGAAUCGGGCCGACGCAUCGUCUCCAUCCUUUCCAAGAAUCCGCAGAAAAAUCCUGGCAAGUACGACCAAGAAGAUAUUGAUCAUAUGAGAAAGGUGGUGGCGUAUUGUAAGAGACAUUUAGCCCAGGAGGAAAAGGCCAAGCAAGAUACUGAGACUAAGAGCUACAAGAGCCUGAAAAACUGGGGACACGAUGCUUUGAAAGCUUAG